AUGGAAAACGGCACUGUCCUUGAUAUUGGGGGCAGCUCUCUGACAACUGAUAUUGGUGCGCGUCUGAGAGAUGUUCUCAAGUCGAAGGACGAGGGGGGUAAGAAGCCGGUACUCCCAGAUGAAUACUUGUAUAACGAUUUGGGAUUGGAAUUAUGGAGGCGCUUCAUUUCCCAGCACGAAUUUUACCAAACCCGUGAUGAGGUUGCCAUGUUCCAAGCCAACGGGAAGGACAUCGCAAAACAGUUCGCGCGUGACAGCAAGAAAUUAUUCUUGCUUGACAUCGGUGCAGGAGACACGGGCAAAGUCCACCAUCUCCUCGUUGAGCUCGAAAAACAUGCUCAAGUGCCAAUCACGUAUUGUGCGCUAGACAUAUCCAAAGCCUCCCUGGAAACCAAUGUGGAAAAACUGGCCAGACAGCAUUCAGGGCCGGGAUCCAUGGUUAACAUCCUAGGUCUUUGGGGGACGUUUCAACACGGGCAAAAGUUCGCCCGAGAGAAAAACUUCGACGGCCGAAUGAUCUAUCUCUCCCUUGGCUCUGUUUUAUGCAACGAUGAGUGGGACAAUGCCGUCGACCAUCUGAAAGCUUGGAAGGACGUCAUGCGUCCAGACGACUUGAUGCUAAUCGGAAUGGACGGCCAUACAGCCAAGGACGAGGACCAGAAAAAGAAGCUGUGGGAUUCAUAUCACAAACGGGAAGACCUGUUGAAGCCAUUCUUCGACAACGGUUAUGAUGGUAUGAACCGAUCCAUUGGCGAACAAAUCUUCAAUGACAAGAACUUUGAGUAUCAUGCGGAGCUUGAAGAUGAACCGACUACCAGGCACCGCAACUGGAUAACUGCGAAGAAAGAUAUCUGGUGCGAGGCGACAAACAGCAUGAUAGAGGCUGGCCAAGAAUUUGAUUGGUUCGAUGCGCAUAGAUAUGGCCCAGAGAAGGUCAAAGGAAUGUGUUCCCAGGUGGGACUGGAGGUGAUGAAAGUUUGGCAAGCAAAAGACUCCCACUUCUACCAGUAUUUGAUCCAAUCGAUUAGUAUCCCGGUUCUAAUGGAUAGCGACAGCGGUGUAUCCGGUGUGGCAUAA